AUGGCGGCCGGCGGCGGAGGCAGCGGCGGAGGCGGGGGCAAGGCCUCGUCCUCUUCCUCCUCCUCGUCGUCGUCGUCCUCCUCGUCGUCGUCCUCGGCGGCGCCGGCCCUGCUGGAGGGGACGCUGGAGAGGAAGCUGCAGGCCCUGACCAACACCAUGGAGUCCAUCCAGGGCCUCUCGUCCUGGUGCCUGGAGAACAAGCGGCACCACGGCGCCAUCGUCCACCUCUGGAUGAAGGCCAUGAGGAGGGCUGCCUUUCCUCAUCGCCUGAACCUUUUUUACCUGGCCAACGAUGUCAUACAGAACUGUAAGCGGAAAAAUGCAAUCGUGUUUCGCGACACGUUUGCGGAAGUGCUCCCGGAAGCGGCCGCCUUGGUGAAAGAUCCGUCGGUUGCUAAAUCUAUAGAAAGGAUCUUUAAAAUCUGGGAAGACAGAAAUGUGUAUCCAGAAGAAACGAUCACACUACUAAAAGAAGCUUUAAGUUCCACUUUCAAAGCACAGAAGCAGCAGAAAGAAACUCAGAGCAAACAGCCAACUAAGUCAUGGAAGAAAUCUCAAACCUCCGUGAACCCUAAAGCUGCUCUGAAGUCCAAGAUCGUCGCAGAAUUCCGACCGCAGUCCCUAGUUGACGAGCUGCUCCUGUACAAGCGUUCCGAAGACCAGAUCGAGCUGAAGGAGAAGCAGCUGGCCACCAUGCGGGUGGACGUGUGCAGCACCGAGACGCUGAAGUGCUUGAAAGACAAGACAGGGGGAAAGAAGUUCUCCAAGGAGUUUGAGGAAGCGAGCGCAAAGCUAGAAGAAUUUGUGAACAGCUUAGACAAGCAAGUGAAGAGCAGCCCUUCAUUGACAGAAGUGCUGGAGAACGCGGGGAUAUUUUACGAAGCGCAGUACAAGGAGGUCAAGGUGGUUGCGAAUGCUUACAAAACGUUUGCCAAUAGAGUGAACAACCUCAAGAAGAAACUGGAUCAGUUGAAGGCGACCCUCCCUGACCCCGAAGAGUCUCCGGUCCCAUCGCCAAGCAUGGACGCUCCAUCCCCAACAGGCUCGGAGUCUCCCUUCCAGGGGAUGGGGGAAGAGAACCCCACUCCGUCGCCCCAGGCAGAAAGGAAAAAGUCGCCUUCUCCAGAGCCUGCAACAGACAACCGCGACGUCGAGGACAUGGAGCUGUCUGACAUGGAGGAGGACGCCCCAAAGAUUAUCGUGGAAGAGAGAGAGGAGAAGCCGGAUGCUUUGGCGCCAGCUGCCCCCAAGAUGACCGACAGCGUCCCGAAAGCAUCUCCUGCCGCUGCAGUGUCGGCGGCGGGAGGGGUGGUAGCCGCUACGGCAGGGGCGACAGCUGUUGCUCCGGCCCCCGCCACCCCUCCGACGCCAAAGCCGGCCAACCCAGCACCCCUUCCUCCAUCUCCAGCGCUGGCUCUGCCCAACCUCGCCAACGUGGACCUGGCAAAGAUCAGCUCCAUUCUGAGCAGCCUGACUUCCGUGAUGAAGAACACAGGGGUCAGCCCUGCCUCAAGGCCUUCUCCGGGUACCCCGACAAGUCCAACGACGCUGACGGGAGGCUUGAAAGCGCCGCUGGGGGGCACCCAGUCUGCACCUCCAAACCCCCUGGCAAACAUCCUCUCCAAAGUGGAAAUAACCCCGGAGAGCAUUCUGUCCGUGCUCUCUAAAACCCAGACCCAGGCAACGCCAACACUGCAAGGCUUGUCUUCAUUCCUCCAGAGCGUUGCUGGCAACAAUGCCCAGCCAAGCGAGAUGGCGACUCAGAGCACCACUGCAUCCCCCGCCACCACAACGGCCCCUUGCACGAAAGGGAGAAACGUUUCUUCCAACUCUCAGCCUUUUAUGCCGCCGGGGUUUGCUUAUUCUCCCAAUUCUUCUUCUUCUGAGGUUUCUUCCACAUCUGUCAACAAGGCUCCCCUUGGGCAUAGUGCAGGGCUUUCCAGUUCCAGUUUUAAACCCCCUGCCAACACCUUGGGCUUCGCCAGCUCCCAGGCUGGCAGUCCUUCCCUUCAGCCAGCGGAGAACCCGCUAAGCCAGUCUUCCGAAAUUUCAGAGACGAAAGUGGAGUCCGAGCCCACUUCUCCUAGCCUGGAAAUGAAGAUACACAAUUUCCUCAAGGGCAACCCUGGCUUCAGUGGCUUGAAUCUGAAUAUCCCGAUUUUAAGUAGCCUGGGGUCCAGCAUGCCACCCGAGAGCCACUCUUCGUCCUCGGAUUUCAAUCGGGGGCCCACAAGCACUUCGAUGGACAGCAUAGAUGGUACUCCCGUUCGGGACGAGCGGAGCGGAACACCUACUCAAGACGAGAUGAUGGACAAACCCUCAUCCAGCAACGUCGACACUCUGUCCCUGCUCUCAAAGAUAAUAAGUCCAGGCUCUUCUACGCCUAGUAGCACGAGAUCACCUCUUCAGAGCAGAGAGGACAGCUAUCCUCAGGAGCUGUCUAAUUCUGUGUACAGGUCUUUUGGGAUGAGUAGGGAUUCUCCAGCCAGCAUGUACAAACAGUCCUCUGACAGUAUGGAAUUGCCUUCCUCCUUAAUGGACUCCCCUCAGGAGAAGUUCUACCCUGACACUUCCUUCCAGGAGGAUGAAGAUUACCGUGACUUCGAUUAUUCUGGCCCUCCACCCUCUGCUUUGGUCAAUUUGGAGAAGCAACCGUCAAAAUCUAUCCUGAAAUCUGGUAAACUUGCUGAUUCCGCAGAGUACCAGCCGGUUCUGUCUGGGUACGGUCAAAGACCCUCUGGAUUUGGCAUAAAAUCCUCUUUUCCUCAGUCUGUGAGAUCUCUUCAUGACCAGAGUGAAAGCUGCGAUCCAUUGUCCUCUCCUGGAAUGUACGGGAGUUACAAUUUACGGGGGAACGACUCUGGUUCAGAUGCAUCCCCUACGCCAAGUAAGAACGAUGCCUUUUUCAGCCCAGACUCCAAUCACAACAGCUUGUCCAAAUCGAUGCCACACUCCGGCCUGUCGCAGAAACAGUAUCCGGAUUCCCCUCAUUUGGUUCCGCACAGAUCCUCGCUCUUCUCUCCCCAGAAUGCCCUCUUGACCUCGGCUAGCAGACCCCCCACCUCCAGCGUGGACAAAGCUGUAGCGUCUUCCAUCUCUGCCACCUCAACCAUCGAGUUUAAGAACAUGCUCAAAAAUGCAUCUCGAAAGCCCUCUGAGGAUAACAAGCUUUUUGGCCAGGUCUCGAAGGGGGGGUCUGGCGAUGGUUCUAGUCUCGGCCAGGCUGCCAUUUCUGCAGGAGAGCAGCAGCAGCAGGAGGAGCAUUACCGGAUCGAGACCAGGGUCUCGUCCUCGUGCUUAGAUUUGCCUGAUAGCACGGAAGAGAAGGGCGCCCCCAUAGAAACCUUAGGUUACCACAACGCAUCCAACAGGGGGAUGUCGGGGGAGCCCAUUCAGACGGUAGAGUCCAUAAGAGUUCUUGGGAAAGGAAGCCGAGGACACGGGCGCGAAACUGGCAGGGCAGGGUGGUUUGAGCUAAGCAGCACCGGGAGCUCCUUUGACAACGGGCCUUCGAGCGCAACGGAGAUGCCCACCUUGGGCGCCGGCAGCGGGGUGUCCGGCUUUCAGAACCAGUACAAAGACCGCGGGCCGCCGUUUCAAGAGAGCCUCAACAGCUUCAGAGCCAACAGCUUCAGCACUUCCUUCGAUCGACACGUGCCGCCACCCCUCGGGCCGCCUCCCUUAGAGCGCGGGACUUCCUUCCCGAGGGACCAGAUGGGGCCACCCCCUGCAGGGCCUCCGUCACUUCCACCGAAGGAUCUCAGCAGCCUUUUCCCGAGGGAUCACUCAGUCCCUCCUCCGCGCAUGCCGUCAGUGGAUCACGCUAGCCCUUUCUCAAAAGAUGCACCGUCCCCGCUCGCCUUGCCUCGUGGUGUUCCUCCUCCCCCGCCUCCUUCUUUAGAACGCGGGGGAGUCCCAUUUCCUAACCAGCCGCCCCCUCCUCUCCCCGGGGAACACCCCAGCGUCCCCUUCUCCACCCCUCCGCCCCCUCCUGGGGACCUCGGCCUCCCGUUUCCUGCACCUCCCCUCGCUGCGGAACAUGGGGUCCCGUUUGCCAAGGAUCUGGGUGCAGUGCAUCAAGGAACCAUGAAAGAGCAUUUUAGCGUCCAGUCCGGAGCGCCCCGGGACCAAGCCGCCCCGUCUCAGCGCGACCAUGGCGCUCAGUCCCUUAGUCGAGCUCGAGAGAACGUAGUGGGCCUGCCCACCCUGGCAAGAGAUCCUCUGGGGCCCGCCCUCAAUGUCGGAUCCUCUGUCCUCUCUCACAGGGACAACACAAACCGAGGCGGGCUGGGGGUCAGGAACCAGCGGCCAGACUUUAGACCCAGGGAGUCGUUCUUAAAUAGAGACCCCUUUAACAGCCUAAAGAGGCCCCGGCCUCCGUUCGCCCGGGGCCCUCCCUUCUUCGCACCAAAACGCCCCUUCUUCCCUCCCAGGUACUGAAUGAAGGUGUUCCGGAACUUUCUAGAGAGCAAUGGAAGUAGUG